AUGAUUUUCACGACCCCAUUCAAGAUGGGGCUCAACAUUUGGUCGCGGAUCGGUUUCCAGGUAAAGAACGGAAUUUUGUACUGCCCUUGGACAGACGAACUCAACGAUGGUCCCAACGGCAACAUCAACAACAACAACAUCCACAACAACAAUGACACCGGCAUUUUCGAGCAAGACUCACUCAGUGACCAACUAGCAGAGCUUAACCAACAGGCUUACACCCAACUCGAAUACGAGAGGGCCAGAAGGGAGGAGGAGACAAGUCACCGGCGGAAGGAGCAGAGGAAGAGAGACUUUGAGGAUGCAGAGGAAGAGCUCCGCAACAAUGGGCGCAUGAUUGGCGAGCUCAUGAACAAAAAGUCAAAGACGUGCAGCUUGAAGACCCCUUUUUAG